ACCCAGAGGUGUGUGUUAGUGGCCAGGAAGCAUGUGAAGCAGCGACUCGGACUCUGAGGACGGCGGUUUGUUGAGUGGAUGAUGGUUUUCCUCAGGCGGACGGUGCUGCUUCGCUACCUGCUGCUGUCCAUCGCUCUCCUCUUCUUCCUCACCUCCUUCUGGCUCCCUCAGGGUGAUCAGAGAGACUGUGGUUCAGUGUGGCAGCCAUGUUUGACAAACUACAUCCAGACGCCUCUAGCCCCGCCCAUCCUGGAGGAGAGGGCGGAGUCAGACGAAGCUCCGCCCCUUGUCAGAGAAUGUCCUGGACAGGCGUUUCAGGCCCGGAAGCUGCUGCAGUUCCUCCGGUCCAGCCUGGCUGAGGACGGCGAGGACGUCCUGCUGGAGCCGUACCUGCUCAGCUGGGACCAGCUGCUCAGCUUCAUGGAAUCUCUGGGAACGAUGGUCAGUUUGUUUUCUCAGAAAGUGAGAGAAAAGACCGAACUGAUCCGACAUCUCUCCCUGAAACGAAGCUCAGAGUUUAAAUCAGCAGGUUCCUCUGGACUACAAACCCCAGCGGCAUUCGGAUUGAAAACCGGGGUGUAUCGAUCCGUUCGGUCCAUGGUGGAGGCGGAGCAACAGGCGGGAAUGGUCAGCUUCUCCCGCCGUACAGAUUCAGGCUGCCGGACGCUGCUGCGGCUGCAUCGCUCGCUGCUCUGGCUGAAGCUGCUGCUGGAGGGUUUGUCUGAGGGUCCAGACGCUGAGGGACGAUUCAAAACGCCCGGAGAGCUCAGCAGAGACGCCUAUAAGGUGGCGUUGGCCCCCCACCAUCCCUGGAUGCUCCGCCAGGCCGCAGAGAUUGUCUUCCUCGCACUUCCUGACAGAAAGUACUUCCUGCAGCUGGUGUGUGUGCAGAAACAGGAAGAGGCAACACCCGUGCUGCGCAUCAUCAUCCACGCGCUCUCGGUGGUUCACACACGGACUCAACGCCUCCUGGCGAAGUACAACAUGUUGGAGCUGCCCUGAGCAGGAGACUUCCUGUCAUCACCCAGACAGACAGGAAAACACAGCGAGUUCAAAGAUUCAAACCGACAGUAGAAACUGUUGAUAACAUGACCUUUGACCUGAUUCAGCCCAUCGGAGUCACUAACUCCAGCAAACUGACCCACUGAGGCCAAACAAAACUCUGACCGGUCAAAUAAAAUUGAUUCUUCAGCCGUGGAGAGAAACAGAAACAGGAUCUACUCACAACCAGAACCCAGAGGAAAUCCAGGAAAGCCGGAGAAAAUUUCUCCCAGUCCGUAAACAAGCUGGGAAAAAUGGGAAAAAAAUUAUGGCAAGCUGUUUUAGCAUUUAUUAUCCAGACUGGUUAUGUAUAUUUACAAUUCUGUGUUGCAAAAAUAACCACAAACAUGUGAACAGUUUGGUUAUUUUAAGUGUUAUUGUUCCUAUAAAUGUGAGGUUCUAUUUUAUUAUGCAGGUGUUUUGUGUUUCCACUAAUAAAUUCUUUAUGUAAUGAAUAAUCUGGAUGACUGAACCUGAGAUCUCACAGGAGAAACUCAUUGGUCAAAAGAAAUCUAAAGACUAUUCCAGAUUUCUCUAGUUUAGU